UUCAGAAUGGCAGCCGCACCGCACAUUUCCAAAAUCGCAAUGGCGAAACACGAUCUCGUUCCGCAUGUGCUGUCCAAGGACGUCGACUUUGAUUACAGCGUCAAGGUCGAGUGGCCCGAGACGGACCUGGAGAAUCCAGGGCAAGAGCUAGAUCGCGAGAAGACACAGCCUCAACCGAAAGUGUUUCUUGAUCCGCCGCCGCCCGAGUCUCUAGAUAAUCUGGUCCUGAUCAUGACUGAUCCUGAUCUGAUGAUGGAAAACGACACGUACUUUGGGCAAGUCCGGCACUGGCUUGUCAGCGGCCUGACGUCCAAACUCGACGGCUCCCUCCUAGGCUACGGCCAGACGUCAGAUAUCUCGCCCUACGUCGGUCCAGCGCCGCUUCCCAACUACCUCUACUCGAGACCGCAUCGCUACGUCUUCAUCGUUGCGCGUGCGCCGUCCGGCGAUGUUACUAUCACGCCUGAGGAUCUGCGGGCGCUGCAGGAGCCGUAUAAAGCUGCGGUGGCGGGUAAGCAGGGUGAGGUUCAGGAUUUGAAGGAUCGAUGGGGGUUCAAUGCGUUGGAGUUGAUUGAGAAGAAGGGGUUGAAGAUUGAGGGGGUGUCGUAUAUGCGUGUUGGAGGGAGUUUGAAGAGUGCGGGUGCGAAUGCGGCGAUGAUGGGACAGGCGGUUGUUGAUAAGGUUAGUAUUCAAACCUCCUCCCUUGACGUCGAACAGUGUGCUGACUGACUGAUGUGUAGGCUCUGGGUAAAUGAGUGAUUGGAUUGGGGGAGUAGAUAGACGUUGGCCCAUGACUCGAAUCC